AUGGCCGACACGGACAAGAAGACAGUGCAUAUCGACGAAGAGACAGGUCAGGACAGUUCAGAAGCAGAUGGUUCGCAAUCGAAGCCAUUCAAGAGUGUGGGACAUGCGUUUCUGCAGCAUGGCGACCAAGCGCAGUAUCUUGUGAAGAGGAGAGAAGGCGACGAGGAGGAAGCGACCUACAAGCCAGCAGCCAAAGCGGCACUCAAGAAAGCAACCAACUAUGCCGAGACCCAGCGGAAGAAGGCAGCUAAGGAGCAGGAGCUCGCGAUCCGACAGAAGAAGGAGGAAGAGGAGCGCAGCAAGUUCUUGGAGGAGGCAAAGAAGGUCGUUAUCAAGGAAGACGCCAGCUUGCCGAAGGCCGUUCGAAUCAGCCUAGGAGAGACGCGGCCUGAGAUUGUGAAGCUGGGGUCUGGGGAGCGUUCGAAGGAGGUCGACUACUCAAGCAGCCAGCGAGGUACGCGAGUGCGUGUCUUCGGUCGCGUUCACCGCGAGCGCAAGCAGAGUCAGGUCUUGUUCGUCACUCUCCGCGACGGCCACGGCUACAUGCAAUGCGUGCUCACCGGCAAUCUGGCAAAGACCUACGAUGCCCUCACGCUCACCCGCGAGACCAGCAUGAUGAUCACCGGAGAGAUGUGGGAGGUCCCGCCUGGUGCACACGCUCCAAACAACCGCGAGCUUCACGCAGACUACUACGAGAUCAUCGGCAAGGCUCCAGGAGGCGACGAUGCGAUCACCAACAAGGUGCAAGCUCAGGGCGACAACCAGAAGCUGCUCGACAUGCGCCAUCUCGUGCUUCGUGGCGAGAAGGCUUCGGCGGUCAUGAUUGUGCGUGACGCGGUAGAGCAUGCCUUCAACGUCAAGUACCACGAGCUCGGCUACGUCAAGGUCGCACCGCCGGCUCUUGUGCAGACGCAGGUGGAGGGUGGCGCAACUCUGUUUGAGCUUCCUUACUACGGCGAAAAGGCCUACCUCACCCAAUCUUCGCAACUCUACCUCGAGACCGCCCUACCGUUCACUGGAAACUGCUACUGCAUAGAGAAAUCCUUCCGCGCCGAGAAGUCUCUCACCCGCCGUCACUUGUCAGAGUACACUCACGUCGAAGCCGAACUCGACUUCAUCUCCUUCGAAGACCUGCUCAGUCACCUCGAGGAGCUUAUCUGCGGUGUUCUCGAGCUCGUCCUCGGCAACCCACGAACGGCGGCGAUGGUUCAGGACCUCAACCCGAAGUUCCAGAUGCCUGAGCGCCCCUUCAAGCGCAUGCGGUACACCGACGCCAUUGACUGGCUCGUCGAGCACGAGAUCCCGAACGAGGAUGGCCAGCCGCACAGCUUUGGUGACGACAUCGCAGAGGCAGCCGAGCGCAAGAUGACGGACACCAUCAACCGCCCGAUCUUCCUCACACAUUUCCCGCUUGAGAUCAAGUCCUUCUACAUGCAGCUGGACCCCGAGGACAAGCGUCUCACAGAGUCCGUUGACUGCCUCAUGCCCACCGUGGGUGAGAUUGUUGGCGGCAGCAUGAGGUCGUACGACUACGAGGAGCUGAUGGCGGCGUACAAGCGGGAGGGCAUCGAUCCGAAGGAGUACUACUGGUACACAGAUCAGAGGCGGUAUGGCACGAGUCCUCAUGGUGGGUAUGGAUUGGGGCUGGAGCGGUUCCUGGCGUGGCUGUUGGAUCAGCACACGGUGAGGGAUACGUGCUUCUAUCCGAGGUACAUGGGGAGGUGCAGGCCUUAA